AUUGUUGUUAACUUAAAUGGAUUUUGAUUUCUUGCAGGGCCGUGUUAUAAUUGUUUGGUUAUCUUGGCUUAUCGGAGGAAUUUGUGGCGUUGUCAUUUUGUUAGUUAUAGUUUGCUACUGCCGCCUCAUGCCGCGUCACCAGAAAUCUUUUGAUGAGCAGUAUGUGAAGGAAAAGGGCAGCAUCAAAGACGGCCACGCCGCGUACACCAGUCAGGACGGCUACACGAGGGUGAAGAAUGCCGAGGCAAGGCAGGUGCAGGUGGGGCGGCACGCGCGGCCCGCGAGCUACGCGGGCGCGCGCGGCGUGCGCCCGCCGCCGCCCGCGCCCCCGCCCCCGCCCCCCAGGGACCAGGCGGCGCAGUACGCGUCCAGCGGCAUGCUGGACGAACUGUCUACCGGCACGAGCGUCGACGCGCUCAAGACGCGCUCGCUGCCGGCGUUCCUGCGACCCAAGCCGCGACCCCUGUCCACCGAGGACGACCUGCAGCAGCUUUACGCUAAGGUGUCACUGAGCAAGAAGUACAAGAACCGCAUGCGUAGCGAACACGCAGCCAUAAUUGCGCUCAGUAAAUCGCGCAGUCAGUUCUUCGACGCUGAUGCAGUCAUCGUGUACGACCAGCGGACCGCACUCUGACUUCUGAA